GGGCAGCGAAAUUCUCUGUCACACAUGGAAACGUCACCAAAUCACCUCGACGUCGAACUAUCAGACGUCCGCUACACCCCCGACAAGGUAGAGGAGGAGGACUGGUGUCCCGCCACCUUUCUCCCAUGUGUUUUUUCUUCAGCUCCUCUUGCUGCUCGACGGAGUGGUCGUGGCCCGACUCAAGCAGCGGUUCUUCAACCAGCCAGACAGGGACGCAGAUGGCCGGCGCGCCGUUCGUGACCAGGUUCUCUCAAGAGCACGGCAAAAGCGGAAAAGAAGACGCGACACCGCCCUGAAGGAUGGCAAGGUCGCCGCCCUCCGGGAUGAUGAAGGUACUAUAGGAUGACUCAAAAGAGCUCUGUACUGAAGUGUUGUUUGCUCAUUACACUCAGGGUUGACGCUGAUGGAGUUCCUUUCCACGCUGCUUGAGGAGCUUCCCGCCCCGCCACAUGAGGAGCUGGAGCUCUGCGAGGGGCUCUGUGGUGGGAGCUCUUGCCUGCAUCACUGAUGAAAAAUGUCAUAUUUGGAGUGACUCCUGGUCUCCUUCUUUUGCUCAUGAACAGAGCUCUUCACAGAAACUGAUGAGAACCAGGAUCACCGACUGCAGUGGUAGACAGGCAGUGUCACUGGAUGACCUCUGCUCCAUCGACUGAAUGACCUGUGCUUUACAAUCUGUUGCAGGCAAAAGUUCACUAACCUCCUCGCCCAGUCGCCUCCCAAGACACACGGCCUGUACCACAUCGAAGAGAGGACCACACCUGUCCAGCCCACGUCCGCGGCUGCCCCUCCUGCCACUGAUGACAAAGGGGCCUCCCCUCCGCCACAGCGUGCAGAUUUGCUCCAUCAGCCGUGUCAGCGCUACAAGUGGAGCAAAUGUGUCGACAGCUCUCUUCAUGGCGGGGAGGAAGGAGGCGUGGAGAAGGCGCGAUGGCUCAGUGGCGUCGGCUGCAUUGGCGUGUGUGAAACAGGACUUAGUGCGCUGAAGAUCUAUUCACCACAGCUCAAGCUUGUGCGGGAGCUCAAGCUGCCAGGCACCGGUCAGACAAAAACGCAGAGAGCUGUGUUGCUUGUGUCACCGCCCGGCACAGGCAACUCAGUCCAAGUGUGUCACUGCAGGGUGGUGCCUCGGAUGUGCAUGCAGUCGCUACACGCCCGGCAGCACCAUGGCAGACGAGAUGCCUCUGGUCGGCGCCGCAGCCGUCGCCCCGUCCCCCCCUCCCUCCAUCGAGACGCGCAGCUCCCCCACCUGCAAACCGCCUCGUGGCACGUUGGUCUUCUGGGACCCUCUUGCAACGUAUAAAGUGUCGCUGGCAGUGCCGUGUCCGGUGGUGCAGACGGACAUCUGGUGGGUGGGGCUGGGCGGGGGACGAGGCAGGUGGAUAACGGCGGGCGUCGACAAUCGCCUGAGAUUGUGGGACAUGAACCCUAGGUUUUCAGCCGCCAUGUCUCAGCAGACGGGGCACUUGGCUCUCAGAAUGGGGCACUCAGACCGUGUCACUGGACUUGUGGAGCUCUCCAACCGUCAGCAGGUGGUCACUUCAGCGUUGGAUGCGCAGGUGAUCUUCUGGGACGCCAACUCGAUGCAAAUCAGCAACAGGUACGUCAACAGAAGAACGCUGGCCAGUCUCUUCAAGGGGACUUGUCGUCUGCUGGCCCCCAGGAUCAGAACUGGCCGCGUGGGCAUUCACUCAAUUGACCACAUCGACUGCUAUGGAUUGCUCGUCACGGCUGGCUUCGAACCAAGUGCGUCUCUCUGGGAUCCUCGGACACACUUAUACAAACCACUCGUAGGCAGACAUGGUGCCUCGGCCAUGUGCACUUAUUCGCAGCCUACACCCACCCUGUGCUUGUUUGUGUCGGCUGUGGUAGGCAGGUGGGCCGUCUUGGCGGCCAUGGUGCGCCUCUCCGCUGCUGUGCUGCGGUGCCCAACACAGCGACAGCUGUCACCUGUGACCAAGCAGACGUCAUCAAGCUCUGGGACGUCAGAAAACGCGAGGCAAGUAGACUCUUAUGCGCCUGUGAAUGAGCGUGAAUGGUUGUGUUUUCUUCUUCCCUCUAUGGAUUUGCAGUGCUACCAGAUCAUCAGCCCGGUCCAUGCGGCUGCGUAUUCAGUCGCAGACCGUCACAUCCGCGGCAUCCACACCCUCAUCUGCCUCUCACCCCCGCCCACGCUCACAAUCAACGCUGACGGCGAGAUAGCGCCAGCAGUGUCACGGGACAAGACUGUGCCUGCGGCUGCUACUGGCGAGGAAGACGAUGAGGCAGACGAUGACAAAAGCGACCAUGAAGGCGACGUUGACAUCCACCGGGAGAUAUUUCAAGACAACGAAGACGAGACCAUCAAGCUGCCAAGUGGCCCAGCUCAGGUCCUGACGGCUGGUCGGCGUCUCGGCUUGCUGAGCCACGCCAUCCGCGAAAAGAGCACCCGAGAGAUUGAGGUCGACCAGCCGCUGUCAAUACUCAUUAAUUACAUGACUGCGAAGUUGUGGGUGCUGAAGAGAAAGAGCAUCGCCAUCUUCAGUCUUGACGACGGAGAGGAGAAGCGGCAGCUGUAUCCACUGGGUGACGCUGACGAGACGGGCGACAAGGAGCUGACCUGCUGCUCUCUCGAUGGGUGCUGGCAGCGCUUCAUCGUUGGCGACGAUCGAGGAGGGAUCUCGAUGCACUUCUGCGGAUCAGGUGAAGAACUAAGUUGGUCAUCCGACUGACUCACCUGCACGUGUCUCGCCAUGUUUGUCAUGUCAUGCAGGCGAGAGGAUCGUCUCCUUGAGGGGCCACGAGGGCUGCGUCGUGGCCGUGAUAUUCUGCGUCAAGCAGAAGCUCGUUCUGUCCGCUGCCCUCGAUGGGAUGGUGAGGAUAUUCUCGGACAAAUGGAGGGACAGAAAGGUGCCGCUGGAGAAGAUCCUCCCCAUAGCCUGUGGAGACAUGAGCCUGGUCCUCUCUUCGUCAUUUGACGUGGCAUUCGCCCCCGACGACUCGAACGAGCUCAGUGUCUGGGACAUAGCGCAUCCAUACGAGCGGACAUCGGUCCAGGUCGGUCAAUUGAAUGGGCUUGUGCACACAAAGUCUGAUAUUCUUCUGCCCCCCUGCCACACACAGGCUCCCCCGCUGACGAGCUACUACUUGGAGGAGGACCCGACGGCAGAGCCUGAGGAAGAGGACGACAGAUUGGAGGGGAACGUAUCGACUGCCUGCAGUCUGGAGCCCCUCGACGUCUUGGCAACCACCAGCCACUCUGGACAGGUGGUUUUGUGGAGCCUCAAGGAGGCAAAGGCACCAUCUCGGCUGCCGAAACUCACACCAGUCAUCGCGUGAGACAGACGGUGGCGGAACGCACCCGUGGCUCAGGUCGUUUUGUAUUUGCGUCCUUCUUGCUGGUCAGUCUUCAGAUCAUUGAUGAGGCUCGCGCUGCUGACGUCUUCAGUCCGACUGUCGUGAAGCACACGAUUGAGACUCCCCCUCCCCCAGGCGGCACCCAAAGGCCCAGGCCCAGGUCCCUCAGCCCUCUGAUGGAAAAGUGUGAGGCGUUGCUGCCCUCGGAAUGGUUCAGGGAAGACACGGCCGACACGGACCCACCCAUCAGGCAGAGAUUGGAAGAGGGAAAGAGCCUCACUGAGAAGACUCAUGAGCAGCGAUUUCAGCGAUUGAAGGCCCUGCUGGACACCCAGCUUUCCGUGUCGCAGCACGAGAUGGCCAUGAAGGCCCGUGCGACAAGAAAGGCGGCGGGAUUGGCUUGGUCGGGGUCGGCCUCGCCCCUGUCGUCGGCAGAUGGCGCCAAGGCACAUGAAUCGGCCGGUGUGAGAGACACACACACAGCCCAGUCAGCGCAGAAAAGGCCCCUGACCACGGCGCAGUCGACUCGGUUCUUUUCUGAGGCUGGAGAGUCGACUGUUCCGGAGGACUCUCCCCCCGCCUCGACAACCUCGACGACGACUGUCCCCCUGAAGCUGCCCGGGCGGGCCUCCCGCCUUUCCGUUACUGGGAGGAAGAGUAAAGGACGGACACAGUCCAUCAUCGUCGGUGGGUGGCUGGCAGUGAGGACCCUAAAGCCACAACGAGCGAAGCAUAUGUCUGUUCGAUGGUUUGUGAACUGCAGAUGUGGCAGAGAAGGUCUUGGUGAUAAUUGGUGACGCUGAGGGUAAGAAAGGGAUCAAUCCCCUCGUCGCAAGCUUGGAUGGAUUUGUGUGUGUGGUGCAUGCCAACAGGUUUCAUCCGUGUGGUCAAUGUGGCGCAGUGGCUUCAGUCAUUCGGCCUUUCCCCCUCUCGCCGCACGAGGCCCCAGUACCCGCUGUCUUUCGCUAAAACCCCGGCUGAGGCUGCGGGGGGCAACAAUCGAGAGGGCCAUCACCCCCCACAAAGACCAGCCAUGAAGCCAGCACUCACCCGGCGUCAGUCGUCAGGACUGUCAGGGGACUUCGGACUUUCAGGCGCCAGGCGCCGGUCGUCGCGGAAGCGAACACUUACGUUUGCGUGGGACAAGAUGACGGAGACGACGGCGACAGUCACGGCUUUACCAUCGCACAAAUGGCAUGCGCACACGGAGAGGGUCAGCGGGAUCGAGGUGCUCAUGGGCCGCAAGUACGGCGGGGGAGAGGGACUGGUUACGAGCUCUCUGGACUUCCAUGUGAAGAUAUGGAGUAUCAGUGGACAGCUGCUGGGCACCAUCGACACGAGACUGUCAACCAACCCCACAAAGUGGACGCUAAAUGAACACUUGGCCUUCCGUCGGCCGGCAGCGUUCAGAUACCAAGCCAACCGUGCUCUCCAGACCAUCUAUGGUGGGCCUGACAAGUGGCAAGACAGACUCGACGUAGGUCAACCUAUGACGAAGAAAGUAGAGGACGUAUGAUCUACUCUACUCUUUCUUCAGGGCCACUACCGGCACCGGAUCACCGAGGCUGAGCGAGCAUUGCGGGAGAGGGAGAGACUCGAGGCGGACAUCAAAUACACCUUUGAGGCCCCAAGUGACCAAGCCGCUCAGAAGCGCAAAGGUUCUCAUCCCCUGCCUGUGGAGUCUUCGUCGCAGCCUCCACAUCUGAUGUCUGUGUCUCACUCCGAACCUGCAGGCACGCCUGAGAGGAGGAUCAUAGAGUGGGUGCUGCCCGGCCCGUCAUCCUCUCCCCCCUCCCCUCGCCCUUCUCCCGCCACCGAAUCAAGCCAUGUCAUCACGGGGGAUGAGGCGCCGAUUCUACACAAGGCCAGUCCGCAGUUUGCCCACCGCUCAUCCGCUGUCCUGCAGCUCGACCAGAAGCUGCAGCGGGUGACUGACACCUUUCCACAGAAGCGGAGAGUCCUGAUGGAAGCGGGCACGGGACCCCAAGGCCUCAAAGACAUGUAUGUAUGGGGACGAAAGAACGCCGAGGAAACGCAUCGCAUCGCAUCGUCUGUGUACGGCGUUUGGUUGUCAGGAUGAGUUUGACGUCUUCGCUGACUGGUGGUGGUGGUGGUGCAUCGCCGGUACAUACGAUGGCUGACGUCGCUCGCUUCGCCACCACACUCAAGCCGGCGGUGCAACAACAACAGAACCUUACCGCGUCCCUCCGGUCGGCAGGCGGUGUGGCCAACCAGCGUCGCCAGUCCAUUACCCGAGGGUCUGAGGGCUCUAUGUUCUCGCGGGCGUCAAGUUUCGUCAUGUCGCAAAUUGCACAACCGGGUAGCGGGAGAGACGGGCCAUGUCUUAUGAGCGUGUGACUAUGGUCAUGCUCUCUUCGGCAGGUCUGUCUUCAUUGUCGACCCGGCUGCCGUCUCGUGCGCUCCAGUCGCAGCAGGGCCACACCACCAGUAUGCAGCAGAUACCUAUCCAAGAGAUGAGGGUGAAGCCAAAGCAGCAGGAGGACCAGGCAUCCGUGGCACAAGACAGCGCUGCCCUCGGCGCCUCCUCCUCUGUGCCCGCUCUUCACUCGGAGCAGCGGCGGCCCGCGUGGGAUAAAAGGGACGCCAUAGCGCCCUGGCGAUCUGUCAUCUGCCGGAAAGGCGAGACACGUCGUGUGAUGCGCGCAUCGGUGUGGAAGCAGAUGGACGAGUACCCCAUACCCUUGACGGACUAUGACAGGCGACCCCCUCCGUCCAGCCGCAGACGGGGGCGGGGUGUAGGGGCUAAGGCAGGCAGGCUGACUUGACGUAUGUGUGCAAGAGAGAGGAUUUUGGCGAUUUGUGAGAGAGAGACGUGCUGGUUUUGCCCUUGUGUGAUCUGUGGGAUUUGCGUGAGUCUUGUGAGUAGCCAAGGGUGUGUGGAUCUUCG